AUGGGCGAGACAUGUUUUUUCAGCCAAGAAAAUGACGAUUUUCUUGGGACGGAGGAUUUGAAUAUUUAUACCAAACAAAUUAAAUGGAGGACGCCGACAGACAGAAUUCGGAUUGAGAAAACUAGGCCGACAUUUGUGGGAGCCCAGCCUAGGUCUACAUACAAGGUGAUGCACAUGGAAAAUCACGAGGUUCAAGCUUCCACCCCAAUCAAGGAGCCUCUAGACGUGAAAGACCAGGAUUCUGGGAGAUCAAACAUGAUCAUUAAAAGGAAGAGUGAAAAUAUCGGACGCAAAUCUACAUGCAGAAAAAGAUGA